AUGACGAUUAAGUUGGUUAUUAAAGGGUUUACGCUGCAUAUGUAUAGUAUUUAUGCACCACAGGUGGGCUUGGAUAAAGAGGUGAAAGCGAGAUUUUGGGAGGCUUUGGACAAGGUAGUAAGAAAUAUGCAUAUCUCAGAGAAGAUUGUCAUAGUAGGGGACUUCAACAGGUACAUAACGGUUUUAUCAGGAGGCUAUGACUAUGUGAAUGGGGGUUUUUGUUUAGGUGAAAGAAAUGGUGAGGGAGCUACUUUGUUGGAUUUUGCGAGGGCCUUUGGGUCCCUGGUAGUGAACUCAAGCUUUCCAAAGAAGAAGGAUUACCUGAUUAACUUCCGAAGUGCGAUAGCCAAGACUCAGAUUAACCUUCUACUGCUUAGGAAUGGGGAUAAGGCUUUUUGUAAUAACUAUAAAGUCAUUCCAAGUGAGCAUGUUUCGACUCAACACAGGCUUAUAGUGAUGGACUUGAUAAUCAAAAAGAGCAAGAAGAAAAGGGCCAAGAAGGGUCGACCUAGAAUUAAGUGGGGAGGCUUGAUGCCAAUUAAUGUGCUAGAGAUAGGGGAAGAAGUGGCGGGAAUAGAGGUGUGGUAG